AUGGCAGACGUACCGAUCGAUUGUGAUUUUCCCGUCUGGGGUUUAUUGCCAAAAAAGGAAACGGGAAUAGUUUCUUUCUUGAACAAAUAUCCUAAUUACGAUGGGAAAGACACAGUUAUUGCAAUUUUUGACUCUGGUGUUGAUCCUGCAGCGUCGGGUCUUACGAUUACGAGUACAGGAAAAACAAAGGUAAUAGAGAGGUUUGAUUGUACUGGUUGUGGCGAUGUGGACACAAGCGCCGUGAUACGGAAGGUGGUUGAUGGUUGUAUCACCGGUAUAACCGGUCGCAAGUUAAAGAUACAAGAGUCAUGGAAAAAUCCAACUGGAGAAUGGAGGGUUGGAGUUCUCUACCCAUUCAGUUUGUAUCCUACAAAGGUAAAAGAAAGAAUUCAAGAACACAGAAAGGAGCAUCUUUGGGAUGUGGGACAUAAAACAGUUUUUGCUGAAGCAAACAAAAAGUUACAAGAGUUUGAGAGUGAAGUUGUGUCAAAGAAUUCUACACUAAGUGCAGAAGACAAGCUUAUAAAAGAAGAGUUAGAGGCAAAAAUAGAAGUGCUUCAAAGUGCUGACAAAAAGUAUAAUGACUUGGGACCAACUUAUGAUUGUGUACUGUUCCAUGAUGGCAAUGUCUGGAGAGCCUGUAUAGAUACAUCAGAAAUUGGGGAUCUGUCAUCAGGGCCCCUGUUGGGAGAGUACAGUCGAACCCAUGAGCACACACACCUCACACCAUUGGAUGAGAUGACAGUUACUAUCAAUGUUCAUGAUGAAGGAAACACCCUAGAAGUUGUUGGCAUGUGCUCUACUCAUGGAACACAUGUAGCAGCAAUUGCCUCUGGGUACUUUCCUGAAGAACCUGAUAGAAAUGGAGUAGCACCUGGAGCACAAAUUGUCUCACUUACAAUAGGAGAUAGUCGACUUGGUUCUAUGGAGACUGGAACAGCCUUGGUUAGAGCUUGUAUCAAAGUAAUGGAGCUAUGUAAGACGACUCAGAUAGAUGUCAUUAAUAUGAGUUAUGGAGAACACGCACAUUGGUCUAAUGCUGGCCGUAUUGGUGAUAUUAUAAGCUCAGUUGUUAAUCGUUAUGGUGUAUCAUGGGUGGUGUCCGGUGGUAAUCAUGGACCUGCGCUGGCGACAGUAGGUGCUCCACCAGACAUUGCUCACCCUGUUCUUAUUGGUGUGGGCGCGUACGUCUCACCGGAAAUGAUGAGCGCUGCGUACUCUAUGCGUGCACGGGUCCCACACGGCGCCUUCAGUUGGAGUUCCCGCGGACCCUGCCCAGAUGGCGCUGCCGGACUGGCGAUUUGCGCUCCAGGGGGUGCGGUCGCUUCUGUUGCGAGGUUUACUCUUCGCAACUCGCAACUAAUGAAUGGAACCUCAAUGGCCGCACCUCACGUCGCUGGAGCUGUCGCUGUAUUAAUGUCCGGACUGAAGGCUAAAGGGUUACCAUACUCGCCAUACUCUGUGAAGCGUGCUCUUGAAAAUUCAGCUACAUAUCUGAACCACGUGGAACCAUGGGCUCAAGGCUGUGGAUUGCUCAAUGUUGAAAAGGCGUUCGAGAUCCUAUCUCAAUAUCACGAACAGCCGGAGCGUGACGUCACGUUUAACAUAUCCUGCGGUGCCAAUACCAAAGGAAUUUUCCUAAGGCCGCGUCCCGAUGAACCGCCGAGAGAUGUCGCUAUCACAAUAGAACCACAUUUCUUACAUAGGGAUUCUGAGACCAAGGAAGCAGUGAUUCGCAGGCAGAUUCAGUUUGGUGUGCGAUUGGCGUUAUCAACUUGCGCCGAAUGGAUCUCUGCGCCUACGCAUUUAGAUCUCAUGAAUGCGCCAAGACUUCUGUCGGUGCGCGUGAAUACAGCGCAUUUACAGCCAGGGCCGCAUUUUGCAAGUAUAAACGCAUACGACGUCUCCUGUAUAGAAAAGGGCCCAGUGUUCCGUAUACCAGUGACAGUUCUGCAGCCGCAGCCGUUGCCCCCGAGCGCUGCAGCUCCGCAAUUAACGCACAGUAAUGUGGUGUUCAAGCCCGCGACUAUACGCCGACAUCUUGUUAUACCUCCCUUAGAAGCGACGUGGGGGGUGCUAAAAAUGUCUCUAGCUGGUAAUAACGGCGAAGUCAGCGGUCGUUUCCUCGUACAUUGUAUGCAAUUGGCGCCACAACGGAGUUGUCGAACGCACGAAACGCACAAAAUGCUGGCGAUCACUAGCGAAGCACCUACCUUAUUGCCAUUUCAACUUAUUGGAGGCGUAACUCUAGAAGUAGUAAUAGCGAAGUAUUGGGCGAACCUGGGCGACUUAUGUAUGGACUAUACGUUGGAGUUUCACGGACUCAAACCAGACUUUGGACCCCAGUUGACAUUAAGUGCGCACGCGCUAGGAAAUGUAGCGCUCGCUGCGUUACGUGCACAGGACGUCCAACCCGCCGCCCAGCUUAAACACUCGGAGCCCUUAUACAGGCCAACAGAUUCCAAAAUAAGUCCGCUGACUAGCAGAGAUGUGAUUCCACCAUCGAGGCAGAUCUAUCAGAUGAUUAACACAUACACCUUCCACAUCGCAAAAGCCACUGAGGUAGCGCCAAUCGUAUCUCUACUAUGCGAUAUGCUCUACGAGUCAGAGUUCGAGUCUCAAAUGUGGAUGCUUUACAAUUCUUCAAAGCAGUUGAUGGCUGUCGGCGAUGCGUAUCCCUCCAAGUAUUCAGUGAAGCUAGAAAAAGGUGAAUACACAGUUCGACUUAGCGUACGUCACGAGAACAAAUCUCUAUUGGAACGUCUACAGGAUGUUCCACUCGUUGUCCAGCAGAGACUAGCGCAGCCCAUCACCCUUGACGCCUAUUGCUCCCAGUCUAAUGCCCUAACGGGUGGUAAAAAGUUCACGACGGCUUCAUUAUCGAGUGGUAACUUGAUGCCACUCUACUUCACUCCUGUUCCUGCCGAUAAAAUAAGUCGUUCUAACCUAACCGUCGGUCAAACGUUAACGGGCACAGUUACGUUCGCUAAGGACGAACUCGGUCGUCGCGUUGACGUGUACCAAGUGCAGUACGUGCUCUGUGAGGCGCCUCGUCGUAGGGACAACCGCGAUAAAGAAAAGGACAAGACAAAGACUCACGAGGACUACUUGGAUGCUGUUAAAGAACUGUCUACCACUUGGCUGCCUAAACUUGAAGGCGACAAACUGGACCAAGUGUAUGAGGAGUUGGUAGAAAAGUUCCCCGGAUAUCUCGGCGCACACGUCGCUUAUCUUCAGGCUAUAGAUCCGCCCACAGAUUGCAAUAAGUUGCCAAGUUUGGGAGUACCAGAAGUGACGACAGCGUGGUGUGAGCAAUUGGUCAAUGUGGCGGAUAAAGUGGUUCGUGGGGUCGACCAAGAACAGUUAUUGGCCUAUUUGGGAAUACGGAACGAUUCAAGACCGGAAGCUGCUAAAAUUAAGCAGGAACAUGAGAAGCAGCGCGGAUACCUAAUAGAAGCUUUAUGUCGUAAGGGAACAGCUUUGUGUCGUCUUCACGCCUUAGCAUCUAGUGCCGCUGCCAGAGAUAAAAUCGCAGAUACGCUAAAGGACAAUAUGAGUGAGCUGCUCAAGUUCACUGACCUCACUGAUACUAAGGUGAUCCACUACGGCGUCUGGCACUGCUUUACCCUCAAACACUGGGGCCGAGCUAUCAAGUUACUUAACAAAAUGCUGGAAGAGAAACCAUCCCGUGAGGUUGAAGAGCGUCUCGUUGCUGCGCACACGCAGCUAGGCUGGUCCCAUCUCGCGGAAUACACGCAGCGUGCGAUUCCCACCAAGUCGUCGGAAAAUUAUCAAGAGUACAAAAAGAGACGUAAUCCAUCUUCAACAUGGAACUAUUUCCUUACUGCAACAGACAGAUCUAGUGCAAAGUGCAAAAUCUGUUCGAGGAUAGUAAGAACAAAUGGGGCUUCCACUAGCGGCUUGCAUGCUCAUUUAAAAACUCGACAUGGUAUCAAGGUAGAUUCUGUACAAAAACGGAAUAAUUAUUCUGAAAAUGAAACUACGAAAGCUUCUCACGAUGCUCCUCUAUUGAUCGUCAUGGCACAAGAUAAUAAUGGUUCUUACGAUGAUAAUGCAGGCAAAUCACCCAAAAAUAUAAACUUAGAAAGGUCCAGUUCGUCUUUUGAAGAGUAUUCAAGAUAUCAUAGCUCGUCCUCAUAUUUAUGGUGUCAUUUCUUAAGGUCUGCUGAUGCUCAAACUGCCAAGUGCAAAAUAUGUUCUAAAAUUCUUAAAACCAGCGGGGCAUCGACAAGCGGCUUGCACACCCACUUAAAGUCGAAGCAUAAAAUCAACAUUUUAAAAAGGCCAGAUAAAAGAAAUCAGAUAGCUCGAUUUAACGUGAAGAAAGAAAAGGUGGCAGAAAUACCAGUAUCUAUUGUGAAACAAGAAGCACAAACCUCCUACGAUGAAUCGGAACUUGAAACGCCUGUUUAUAAUGAUGAUGAUCUCGCCCAAGCAGUGGUCGAUGAAUCAUCGUACAAUUUAGAAAACUGUGAGCAAAAUGUAAAUACGCAUAUGAAAAUAAUUUCAAGAAUGGCAGCAUUAGAUGAGCUCCCUUUAAGUAGCUUUUGUGAUUCUAUAGAUUUAUGUAACCUCCUAUCGCAAUCUGGAUACGAAUUACCAUCAUCUAAUAUCGAAACAAUCAGUCUAAUACUUGAACAAAGUGACUUGGUCAAAAUUGAGAUAGCUAAUGAAUUGAAACAAUUUAAAUCAUUAGGUAUGAAGUUCUGCCUUAGUUUUGAAGAGUAUAUAACAUUAAAUAAUAGGACCUACGUAAGCAUUAACAUCUAUAAUGUAGAUUCUAAAUUUGGUUACCCAAAGAAUUUGGGAUUACUUAAAGUAAAAAGUGGCAUGGAUAGUGAUGACAUUAUAAAAAUGAUUAGUGACCGAUUGCUAGCAUUCGAUAUAAAUCUUAAUGAUGAUAUAAUUUCUUUCACCAAUUCGUUGUCUCAAAUGAGACUCGGAAUAUCUCUCGGGAUCGACAAUCAAUUUUGUUUAGCGCAGGCUGUUCAGUAUGGUGUACUGGAAGUUUUAUACAAAGAAGAAGAUUCACAAAUUUACCAAAAUACAGAAGACUCUUAUGAUAGUGACACUGAAUAUAAUACCAAGGAAUGUAGAAAUGCUUUCUUUGUUAAGUAUGCAGAAAUCUUAACAGAACCCCAAUUAAUUUACAAAGAAAUUAUUGAAAAAGUCAGAAAAUUAGUACAAUAUUACAAAAAUUCAGCAGCUAGAAAUGAAAUAUUACAAAAUAACGUAAGGAAGAAACAUGACAAAGAAAUACAUCUUAUUCUUGAUUGUAAAAAGAGUUGGAGUACAUUAUGCGAAAUGAUAUGCCGAUUUUUGAAAUUAAAAGACUGUAUACACGAAUCUCUAACAUAUUUGGAAAUGGAUUUGUUCAUUAAUGAUGAAGAAUUACAAAUCUUGAAUGAAAUUCAUGAAAGUCUUGUUGUCAUUAGAGCAACAAUAACAGUUUUGUGUAAACCAAGUGCAAAUUUAUUAACGGCUGAUACUGCCUUACGAUUUAUGAUCAGAAAACUGGAUGCUCAAAACAAUGCAAUAAGUCGUCAUUUCUCUACAGUACUUAGAAAGCACAUAAAACGAAGUAGAACAAUUACAUCGAGUAUACUACAAUAUUUACACCAUCGCCAUAUAUAUAACGAGUAUGCAGAAGAUGAUGCUUUUACAAAACCCACCUCGGAAGAAAUGGUGAACAAAAUUUUAACAUUACUUACGCGUAUAAAACCAUCAAUUGAAGAUAAGUUAAAUACAUUUGAUUACAAGUCAAAAACAACCGCUCGAAGAGUACUCGAUCCAUUAGAAUCAGAAGAUGAUGAAGAGACGUCAAUUGAAAGACAAUUAGAGAAUGAAAUAAAUAACACAUGCCACAGCGAGAUACCUAAACCCAAAGAAGUGCCACAGGAGUUGGAUCUGAAGAAAAUUAUCUUGGGAGAAAUAAGCAUUUAUGAAAGUACUGGAGGUACUCGGGGUUUGUACCUAACUAUGGCUUACGAUCUUUUGUUAUCUGUCAUGCCGGCGACAUCAGAAGCAGAACAUUUCUUUUUCUCUAGAAAAGAUGCGCAUAAGAGAUUGAGUUCUCACCCUGAGGCGUUGUUGAAUUCUUUAUUUCUUUUAAGGGAAUUCUUUAAAGAACAAAGAAGACUUGAAGAAUCAUAA